GGAAAGUGGUGUGGUGCGGUGUUGAGCAUGGCGAAGAGCGAAGAUAAUGGGAAGAAGGAAGGGAGCAACUUGCUUGGUUCCCCAACCUUUAAAGAGUUAGGAAACGGGCGUUUCAAGUGCGUAGAAACUGGGCACGAAGUCCUCUCCAAAGACAUUGAGUCCUACUCUCACAGCAAAAAGUGCCGUUUGGGUCUCAUCGAUUUUUCUUUGUCCAACAACAAACCCCCUCUCAACAUGUUCAAACAAGACCCUCUCUCCCGUUCAAAGUUGAUAUGUAAGCUAACCGGAGACAAUGUCAAUAAGUCUGAAGAGCAUAUCUGGAAGCAUAUGAGUGGGAAAAGAUUUCUCAAUAAAUUAGAGCGAGAAGAAGAAGAGAAGCUGUCAUGUCAUGGAAUGGAAGGUCAGGAAAGCUUGCAGGAGCCGAAAAGUGCAGAUGAUGGGAAAAAGGAUAGAAUAAAGAAGAAGAAGAAAAAGAAUAAGGACAAGGCAGUUGAAGAGAUUAUUUCUGAAGUUAGGAAGUCUUCUAAUGAGGACAGUCACAGUGAUACAGAAGAGGAAGAUUUCUGGAUGCCUCCUGUUGGUGAUCGUUGGGACCAUGAUGAUGGAGGGGAUCGAUGGGGUCCAGAUUCAGAGUCAGAGCAGGAAACUGAAGAGGGAGAUGUAAUUGAUGGUGCUGCUGAUGAGGAUUGCAAGAUGUCAGAAGAGUUGUCAUCGAGGACGAAAAGAAUGUCAAUAGAAAUUGGACCAAGCAGCUUUGCCACAAGAAAGAAGAAAAGUAAGAAGAACCACCAAUCUUAGUAUUUGUUGGUCAGUCGAGUUUAGUUAAGAGAACUGCAAGACAACUUUUGCAGCCAUUGUAUGAUUUAAGGUAUGUCAGCCCGGUCAUUUGCAUUGUGAUGCAGAGUGGAUAUGGGUACAAAAUACAUCUUCAUCUUGAUUGUUCUUUUAUUGAGAAGCCAUUUUUGGGUUAAUUUGUAUGGCAAGCAUCAUAAAAGUGGAUUAAAUUAUUAGUCUUCAAGAUAAACAUGCAGUCAUAACCAUGUUUUUUAUAUUAUUUAAGGUUCAUGGUUCUUUAU